AUGGCGGCGACACGCGCAUACCUUCCGGACCCAGAUCUUAUUGACCUCACCUUGAGCGACGACGAUGCCAGCGACCAGGCACCACAGAGGGGUUCAAAAAUAUCAGCUUCGCAGGCCCAAAUGCUCGACGCUCUCCCUGUUUCGCACGAUGGAUUGCCUGGGCCCCAUGGUCCUGGCUCCGCAAAUGGGUUGCGCACCACAAUAGCUUACAGGAUAGGAGAUGGACUAUACCAAGACAAUGAUUUUCAGCAUUUAGCAACGGGGCCGUCUUCCGCCGACAGCGCCAAUGCGAGAGCGCUCCUGCGCUUUCCUGUAGCAACAAGAAGUUCAGCCGGGGCACAUACCAGAGGGGUUAAUUCGUCAAGCAGGCGCAAACUUUCCACGGGAAACGCCAGUCGGAGUGGCGCAGUAACCGUAGAGAACCCCGCGAAGAGGCGCAAGACUCAUGGAGGAGUAUCAUCUGGGCAGAGCAACAGAUCUACCCAAAAUGCUGGUUCUCGAGACGGUGUACACACUACAAGCCAAGCUGCUCAAAACAACGAGUUUCAGAUCAACCUGGUGCUCAAGAGACAAGUCUUUCCCCAUAUCAAAAUUGCCGUCUCGCAAUGCCAACAGAGGCUUUCAGAAGAAGAAAGAGCGGAGGUUGGCGAAAAGACAGCAGGAUUCCUCGUGAAAGACCCUCGCUUCAUAAAAAACUUCGUAGCCAAUGGUUUAAAGCUAAGUAUGGCAUACGAAAAUGAUCUUGCAGCUCGAGCAAAAAUUAUGGUGGAUCAAUAUGCGAAAGAGAUGUCGAUGACGUCUAGAAGCAAUUCUACUGGUUCGGAAGCUGGUGGCGACAUAUUUGAAAAGCCUCCUAUACUACCAAAGCAAACUUCAAUGAAUAGCACGAACUCGCGAAAGUAUUCGUCUUCUCCCGCAACUUCCUUUAGCCAUGACGGUUUAGAUCUAGGGGAUUCCAUGAAUAAUGAGACGUUACGAACUUCCAGCUCUAGUCGCCAAAAGACUCGACACGACACACUCCAACCAGCAGCCAGAAGGCGCUCGAAUAGAAAACCAGUGGUCUUAAUUAGGUCAACAACGCCUGCUCAGAUCAAAGAUAGCAUUGAAUGUACCAAACGCCUCAGAACUAAAAGCCGAGAAAGUGCUGAAAUUACACCUGCUUCACGUCCCUACAUCCAUCUUGCGGAUCGCUACAAUCGGCCUCCAGAUAUGCCCCAUGUCGAUUUCUCUAUUGAAGAAACUCAGUUUCUGUGUACGAUAAUCGAGUCUGUCACCGGACGAAGACCGGACCUGACACCUAGGCCUGCAGAUAAAGUAAUAUCAUUAAUGGCAGGUCAGAAGGGUGCAAUAACUCGGAUACAAGAGGCUUUACAGCAAAAGCUAACAGCACCCGGGCCCGGAUUAGGCCGGCAGCUACUGCGUUCUCGUGAGAAAGCUGCAGUAACAGCGUUUUUGAAAGAUGCUGCUGAAGGAUUAAUUACGACUGGCCAGUGGGUUGAGCCCAAAGCCCAACAACCUAUUCGCCAGCUUCGGUCCUCAAUUCUAUCGCAGCUAAGUUCCCGCGAAUUCCUAGGAUUAGCCCCUCCAAAUUUCAAUGCUGGUCAGGGAUCAUUUAAGGAGCAAGCAAUGAGUUAUCUCGAAGACAAUCUCACUCGUAUAAGUGAAUGGACGGAUUGUUGUGGGGACAUCGCUGCAAUUAGUUGGACUGGUCAAGAUACGUUCGUAUGUGGAGCCGUUGCUCAUUCUGACUGGCACAAUAUGCAAUACAAUAAGCCAGGGAACCUUGGGGUCGGAUCGUUAUCUUUUGAUACCCUUAAGGCGAUCCCAGAGCAUCGGAUUGUCCGGCCUCUAAUAGGGCCUGCAGAGAAUGCAGAGAACGCAUUAGAGUCCAUGCGGCGGACCCAGGACCCGUGGCUAUACACAUCUGUGGUUUCUUCCUCUCAUAAUGAGGUAAACGGCCUUACGUUUACGGCGAGCUUCGACAAGACAGUAAAAGUGUGGUCUGUUACAGACCAUGGUUCAACUUUAGAUCCGCGUGGAACCUGGGAGCACGAUAAUAACGUCAAUUUUGUUGUUACUUCGGAACACCACGACCGUGUUGCGACAGCUGCGGAUGUUUGCAACAACGCAAUUCGUGUUUAUAAUGUUGACGAAAUGGAUGUAUCUAAUUCGCCCUACGAUACUUAUAGUGGCGAGAGAGCUCGAGAGCAAGCUCAAGAGCUUCGGAAAAGAGGUAAUUGGGCAUAUUUCCCGGCUACGAUGCAAUGGGGAAAAGCCCCUAUUGUAGCUAACUACUUGCUUGUAGGAUACUCGCCGCGGAGUAUAAACGGGCAUGAUGUUGAUAUCCCUGAGGAGAAGAAAAAUACUGGCGAGUUAUGUAUUUGGGAUGUCUCUGAUAUGUCGAGGGUUGCGAUAUCUUCUGCACAUUCGCAGAACGUAUUCGAGGUGCUUUGGCACCCCACGCAGCCCUUUUUCAUAGCUGCGACGUCUCCCACGGGUCAUUUUGAAUCAGACAUUCGCACCCAAGUCAGACUUUUUGCUCGAAAGGGGCUUGGUGCUUUUUUCCUACUCAAAACGCCAAAUAGCGACAUUGAUUCGUGGGUUACUGCUAGCUGUACAGAUGGCAACACAUAUGUGUGGGACACCGCACACCAUACAGAACGGCCAAUCCAUGUUCUCAAUCACGGCGAUUCGCUCGACAACCCGUUGCCAGACCUGCCUCGCGAAAUCGGUGACGAAGGAGUAAAGUUUGCUUCUUGGGGUCGGUCUUCCCAACGCUUCUACACUGGAUCAUCGGAUGGCAGAGUCAAAGCCUGGAACAUCCACGAAGCUCCAGGGAACGCGUUAGUACGGCAUGUACUUGAAGUCUCGGGAGGGAUUAGUGUCGGGGCAUUUUCGCGAGACUUUUCUAAACUAUUAGUUGGAGAUGCAACAGGCAAAGUGCAUCUGUUAGCCUACGAUGAUAGCGACCUUGACGAAGGGGAGGAAGAAUCGUCCAAAACAGACGAAAAGCCUACUUUCAUCCCUGCUGGAUCCGGCGCACUUCGAAAAGCAUUUGCAAAGCGCCCGAAAGUUAUAAUACCUCAUCCAGAACCACCUCCUCCUUUUCAAUCUGUAGGCGAAAGCUAUGUAAUGGAAAGUCUUGAGAGAUCUGCACAAGAAAUAGCCCUGGAAUUUUUGGUAGAGGGGCGGUUAAGGCUUCAUCCAGAUCCUGCUAUUGGCGCCGUCCAAGGCCCCAACUAUGCUGAGACAGAAUUAUAUCGACUGGAAGCUCAUGAAGAAGGCGAUGCAUCGAAGCCACUCCUGCCCGAAUUUCAGACGAAACAACAAUAUGAGAAAGUUAGAGAGACGAGCAAGAUCGGCUUUUCAGAGCUACCCACAGUCCAAUGCUCCGACCCGGCUUUGCACGCAAGGAACGAGAGUUUAGAUUUGACUUUAGAGAACGAAGGCGUAGACUUUAACUGGAAAUAUGGAUUUGAAAUGGAACCAACACCGCAUUUUGCCAUUUUUGAUAAUAAGAGACAGUCAAAGAUAGUAAUUACGCUGGACGAUUAA